AGAAAUGUCCCGAAUUUUUUCAAGCCGAUGAGUUGUGAUUCCAGGUGUGCAUACCAUGAAAACCAUAACGUCCUCGUUACGACCACAACAAUUUAUGCAAAUUCCUCUCAAAAACCACAAAGCUAGAAAGUUUUUUCUACUCUUAGUAGAACUAGGUCCCGAAUUACGCAUCGCCUCAUUUUAAAAACUCAAUCAAGUCGGCGUGGUCUUACAUCGCUAGUGCUUAAGGUCGAGUUUGGCGAAUUUCAGGUCCGGCUUCUGGUUUAAGCUCGUCGGCGCUGGUGAGCCUUAUGUCCGGGCCUCUUAAGGGGUCUCUUCAGGUAGGUUGGCCUUAGUAAGCUCCAGAAGGGGGGCAGAGGGGCACGAGGGAGCCCUGAGCUACACACUACUGCUAGGAUCAUUGGGCUACCAUCUCUAGUUUGGUACAGAAGCAAAACUCGGAAGAAGAUUGUGUUCCAUCAGCGAGCUGGUGAAAGCAGUUGCAGGAAUCGUCGAAAAUCCCGGCUGAGUAAUAAACGUGUCGAGAUAAGAAUCAGACACGAUGUUUGCGAUAAUCCAGAUCGACAACGACGUUAGUGGGCGCGAGUUCCGUAGAAAAAUGCGCCCGAAGUACGAAUUCAUCUGCAAAUACUGCCAGCGGAAAUUCACCAAAUCCUACAAUCUGAUGAUCCACGAGCGGACGCACAAAAGCCCCGAACUGACCUUUUCCUGCGAGGUGUGCGGCAGGGGCUUCAAGCGCCAGGACAACCUCAAACAGCACAGAUGUAAUCAAUGCAUAUGGCGGUAAAGGGCUCCUGACCGAUGGGUAAUUCCGGCCCUGUUCUUCUUUCAUUGCAAUGACUAUACACUACUCCACAGCCCCGGCCUACAGUUGUUUUUCAAGAUUUUAAUUAAUCUCGAACCAAUUAUGACUUUCCUAUUGUCGCAGUAUUCCCCCAAAAUUAUUUAUAUGUUAUUGCAUUCUGUAUAUAUCCAAAAACAACUAAGCUAGUUAAGUAAACUUGAUCAAAUUAAUUGGAGCCAGACUACAGUUCGUCUAGUCUAAAACGAUUUUCCCAAUCAGUUGGCAAUGAAAUUGUGCAAUUUUCGCAGACUUGUACAGUCGACUUAUCGCUUCAAUCCUCCAUUUCUAGUUAAGUGAUAACGUACUAAACAAUGUAAAUUUUAACAACUGUGUAUUUUUUGCGCCGCAAAAAGUCCCACAGUGCCUAGAUGUAAGCUCGCAAUAUUUAAUUUAAGUUUGUCCCCUACUUGUAAGCAUUAUAUUUAUUAACUAGAGCUUUAUAUUAAACGAUGAAACAACAA